AUGAAUAGGCCCUUCCGCCGCGAUGGCGGCGGCGACUACUUCGCCAACGCAGCCCCCACCCGCCCACUUCGCCUCGUUGCGUCCGGCACACUCUUCCUCACCUACCACCUUGCGCUGCCCUCGCACCCCGCGCCCGCCGCCGCCGUCCGCGCGCACGCGGUGCGCAAAUCGCGCGGCGGGUCGGCUUCUUCGAUUCUCGCCGUCGCGGCACAGCUCCCCGGCGUCGACGCGCAGCUCGUCGCGCCGCUCUCGGGGAACGAGGAGGGCCGCGCGAUCGCGAGGGAGCUCGAGCGGGAGCGCGUCGGCACGCGAUUCUGCAAGAUAUGGAUGGCGGCGGGCGUCCCCACUGCUUGGGUCCUGCAUGCGGCGGACACUGACACGCAUAGCGUGAUCAAUCAUAAUCCCCUCCCGGAGAUCUCACACGAAGACUUCGUAUCGCUCUUGGGGCCGGUGCUGGCGCCAGAGAACUACAACUAUCCACCGACACCGUCACCAUCGGCGUCCCCAACCUUUGUUGCGCACUCUCAUGUGCCACCUCCGCCGGCAUCCCCGAGACCGUCCGCAUCGAGCUCACGCGCUGGACCACUACCCAAUCCGAACAGUCCUGCACCGUUUGAGUGGAUACACUUCGAGGGACGCUCGGUAAAGACGACACUGAACAACAUCACUGGGCUCGAUGGGCUUGCACGAGAGCGCAAGUGGCGCAAUCACUGCGUCUUCAGCAUCGAUGUCGGUCAACGAGGUAGACAAGGCGUCGAAGCGCUGAUCCCUCACGCCGAUGUAAUCUUCUUGAGCAAGAACUAUGCACGAGCCGCAGGGGCACAGUACGCGGCGACGCCGCGCGCAUUUCUGCUAUCGCUGACUUCGGUCGCACCGCCGCAUGCGCUCCUUGUCGCACACUGGGGUACCGAGGGAGCUGCGGCAUUAUCUAUGCCCACGCGCGAAUACUUCCAGAGUUCGGGUUGGGUGGAAGACGCUCGAUUGGCUGGUGGUGCACGACGUCCUGACAGCCUCGCUACCGAAGACGUGCUGCUCGACAUACAGUCGGUGCGAAGUGCGAGCGAUUUCUGGGCCGACGGGCACAGUAAUUCGGACCACACCUUCUCCGACCGCACGACAACGCCAGCGUCCUCGAGGAGAAGACAACGUCGGGAUGAGAGCGAUGCGGACUCGCAGGGCACGGCAAUGCCUGGUGAAGAAGGAGAGGAUAUCCUGGACGAGGCAGGCGCGCACGACGCGUUCAUUGCUGGCAUGAUUUAUGCAUUGACGCGAAGGCUUAUGCCUGGCGCGCCAUACUCGCCUGCCUCUGGAGAUAUGACGGCAAAGGAGGUGGCAGAGGCCGAGCGUGGACGGUGGCGGCUGGACGAGUGCCUUAGAUUCGCCACCGAGCUAUCCGGACGCAAAGCGCGACGGCACGACUGGGCUGGACUGGGGGAGGAGAUGGCGCUGUCGGGGUGGUUUGAAGGGUAA